AUUUAUUUGUUGACAUUGAAUGAUGUUUUUCUAAGGAUGGUACUUUGUUAUUUAAUUUGGUAUUAUUGAUAAAAAUGUAAUGCAUGAUAAUAAUAUUUUAUUUGCAGUGCAGGAAGGCAAUAUCGAGGUCCUAAUGGAUCAACAAUUGGUGAUAAUUGAAGAACAACUUACUGAAGAACAAUUGAAUAAUCCAAUUUAUCAACUUAUAAAAGAUACAACCGAUGGAAAAACUAUAGUGAAAUACUAUUUAACUCAUAAUCAUGUAGAGAAAAAUUUAAGAAAUCUAUUGACUCGAAUAAUUUUGAGAGCUGAAGCUAAUAAAAUUUUUGGUCCAGUUGACAUUAAUAACGAACCAAAAUCUCUUCCGAAUUCAGAAUAA